AAAAUAGAAAGAAAAUGUGGAAAGUCAAAAUUGGAAUGUAAUGGUCUAUCUCCAUUGUCUCCUCAAGCAGCUGAACUUCAGUCACCAAAAACUGAAUUCUGUCUGAUCAACUACCAAGUGAGCGACCAUGAUACAGUUACAAGCACAUACACAACCAAAUGCUCUCUCCAUUUAUAGUAAUUAUAAUAAUUACUAUAAUACAAAACCCAACCCAAACCCCUACUCUCAUCGUCGUUUGUGGCUCUUCACUACUACGGCCUUCAAACCUAACCAAACCUUCUUCCCAUCCCAUUUUGCCCAUUACAGUAACAGUAGCAUACUCUUCAUUUCCUCCAUUCGCAACCCUUUGAGGAAGAGAAGGAGUAGUAGAAAUACAUCCACACUUCAUUCGUCUUCUUCACCAUCAUCUGCGGCUGCUGAUUCUUCCACGGAACCACAGAAUGAUCAGGGUGGUGGUGGUGAUGAUGAUGCACAGAGAAAAGGUCCUGACCUCCCAACACUGGCCAGGAGGUUCUGGAAAGUGGCUGCACCAUAUUGGUCAUCGGAUGACAAAGUCCAAGCCAGAUUGCAACUCGCUGCUGUUUUUGCCCUCACUUUAGGAACCACCGGCAUCAGCGUCGGUUUCAAUUUCCUCGGCCGCGAUUUCUACAACGCCCUUGCCAACAAAGACCAGGAACAAUUCACCAAGCAACUCUUGUACUACCUUGGUGCUUUUGCUGGUGGAAUUCCGUUUUUUGUAUUAAGAGAUUAUGCAAGAGAAAUUCUUUCAUUGAGAUGGAGAGGUUGGAUGACAAGCUAUUACAUUGACCGCUAUCUAAAGAAUCAGACAUUUUAUAAAAUACAGUCUCAAUCAAUAAUUGAUAAUCCAGAUCAGCGGAUCGUUGAUGAUCUAAGUUCCUUCACAGGAACAGCACUUUCAUUCUCUCUGACAUUCUUCAAUGCUGUGAUAGACUUGAUAUCAUUUAGCAACAUCCUAUAUGGUAUCUAUCCACCGCUGUUUGUUGUACUUCUUGUGUAUUCAAUCGGUGGAACAGCUAUUUCUGUUUUUCUUGGGAAGGGACUGGUAAACUUAAAUUUCCUGCAAGAGAAAAAAGAAGCAGAUUUCCGAUAUGGACUUGUACGCGUUCGUGAAAAUGCAGAAUCAAUUGCAUUCUACAGUGGCGAGGAAAAUGAAAUGCAACUGCUGCUGCAGCGCUUCAAAAGUGCUUUUGAAAAUUUAACUCAAUUAUUGAUAUCUUCUAGGAAUCUGGAGUUCUUCACCAAUGGCUAUCGCUAUCUGAUUCAGAUACUUCCUGCUGCAGUCGUUGCACCCAUGUAUUUCUCAGGCAAAAUAGAAUUUGGGGUCAUAAAUCAGUCUGUAUCUGCUUUUAAUCAUAUUCUUGGAGAUUUCUCCCUCGUUGUGUACCAAUUUCAGGCAAUCAGUGCUUUUUCGGCUGUUAUUGACCGUCUAGGUGAAUUUGAUGAUAUUUUGGAUAACAGCAGUUCUAAAUUUCUCUCUGAUCCCAUAGAAGAGAUUCAUCUUACAUACUGCAAUGUGGAAAGUUCAAUGUACUUGAAGGCUAAUGGAUCUAUGCCCAUGGACAAUGCCCAAAAAUUACUGGAUAUUGAGAAUUUGACUCUACAGACACCAAGUAACGCUACACUUAUUAGGAACUUGUCAUUGAAGAUAUAUGAAAAGGAUCAUUUACUGGUAACUGGAGCGAGUGGGAGUGGCAAAACUUCGUUGUUAAGGGCUCUUGCAGGUCUUUGGAGUACUGGGAGUGGAAAAAUCACAUUCUAUGUUAAAGAUGCAGAGGAUCCUCUGCACCCCUUUUCUUCGGAUGUGGCUCCUUCUGAGUUAGAUACUACACAAGAUGAUGUGGAUUUUGAAAGACCCAGAUACAAAAAUUCCAGAGGCAUAAGUUUCCUUCCUCAAAGGCCCUAUAUGGUUUUGGGAACACUUCGUCAACAAUUGCUUUAUCCAACAUGGACUGAAGAUGCCAUUUCUGUUUCAAAUAGUACUAAAACAGCAGGUUCAUUGCCUUUCCUUUUACGAGGGCUGGACACUGAAUGUGGAAGUGUAAAGCCUCGGAAGCCCACAACAGAUGAUCUAAUCCAAGUCUUGGAAGAUGUUCGCCUUGGCUAUGUGCUAUCUCGUAUCAAAAGUCUGGAUACUACAUGUGAGUGGUCCAGUGUUCUUUCCCUUGGUGAGCAGCAACGCCUUGCAUUUGCACGUCUGUUGCUUUCAAAACCAUAUUUGGUUCUAAUGGAUGAAUCUACCAGUGCUUUAGAUGAAGCCAAUGAGGCCCAUUUAUAUCAACUAAUUGGCGCUGCAGGCAUAACGUAUAUAAGCAUAGGUCACCGCAGAACCCUUUAUCAGCAGCACAACAGGAACUUAAAUAUAUCUCCCAUGGAUGCUGACAGUACCCGGUGCAAUUGGUCCAUAGAUUCCAUUAAUCAAGACACCAUAUACAAUAUGUCAAAGCAAUAGGUAUAGCUACCUUCAAUGUAAAAUUGUAGAGAUUGUUGCCCAUCCUUUUUAACUGUUUUGGGUUGAAUCUGAUAUUGAUGUAGAAAUUUGUGAUUCAUUCUCAUUAGAAGAAUUAAUCAAGCAUUAGUAGUAAAGAGAA